AUGGUCAUGGACCGCUAUCAUCUGCGCCUGCCCUUGACGAGGCACUGGAGUUUGAUGGGGGCGAGCCGUGGCAGCGAGCAGAAUGCGUCGACCCGCCUGGCAUUCCUGGUGGUCGACCGCGCUCGGAUGUUGCGACGCUCAGGCCUACUCUGCUUGGCAGCGCCACUAGUGGCGUCCAAGCUGGUGCAAGCUGCUGGCUCUUUCGGAUCCUCCAAAGACGUGUCCAAGCCAGCCGCUGCUCAAAGCGUUGUUGCUUUUCGUGGAAAUUGCUAUGAUGUCAUCUAUGACGAGAAGGGUGGACCGCAAGAUCUCGGUCGCCUCGUUGUAUGCCCCUAUGGCUCGACGACGACUGGUGAUGUCGCUGAGUGCUUGGAUCAGGUGAACCGCAUAGCUGCCGAGCGAAUCAAGAAGGACAUCGUGGUCCUGUUGGAUUUCACCGAUUUCGUGUGGCCUUCGCCGAUAAUGGCAUACCGCUGCUUCUUUCCGAUCAUUCGGGAGCGAUUGCCAGCGGAGGAGCUCCGGGAGAAGACCCAGGCCUUUGCAAUCGUGCAGAAGGAGCGCUUCUGGAUUCGUCCUGUGGUGGAUGCUGUGCUCCUCAUGGCGCAGCCAGAGACAGCUCCAAUCUUUGCUCAGGACCGCCACGAGGCCUCCGAUCUCAUCUCAAAGCGCUUUGAGAGCCACGCUGCAAGGCGCCCUUUGCUAAAAAUGUGGGAGCGCUGUGUCGAAACUCUGCAACGUGGCGAGAAAGAGAAAGCCUGGAACAUAAGAGGAGAAAUCCGGGUCCAGGAAGACGCUGAAAGACUUGGUCCCGAAAUAUGGGAGCAGUUUGCAGAGCAGUUCGAUCUGGGAAUCAAAGCCUUCAUCUUCGCACCUAGGUGUUCAAACUGGAAGCUGGACUCCCUGGAGCACACCGAAUUGAGGAGGGCACAGGGGCAAGUUGAAUUGAAGCCUUACGCCAGCGAAGCCGAGAUUCAAGAAAACCGGUCCGGUCGUACUUUGAAAGACAAUGUAGCCAGUGGCCGUGCAUGCAGUGUGAUAUCGUUGGUGCAGAAAGCUCGCAAUGGGAAAGCAGCCAUUUGGCUCAAAACCUGCGGCCAAAAGAUUAUCUGCCAAGGCGGGAUGGAGAGAAGCUGCGGCUGUGGCUCGAGCAUGUUCAAUCCUGUCGCUGAGAUGCCCAUCACCGCAGAGCAGUUCGCAACCACUUUGGAGAACAUGACACGAGCUUGGGAGGCAUGUCCCGUGAAAGGAGGAUGCAGUGCGGGUUCAGAUUUGGAGCUCGCCGGUGUGUACCUUUGCGGAGAGGGCACAGUCUGGAUGGAAGAACUCGCUCGUUUCGAUACCCACGUUUCAGUUGCCCUGCCGGAAGAGCAGCGACUCCCGAAGGACGAAGAGAAGUCCUUCUUCGACGAUUGCCAGCAGACGUGCGAGGAGAUGAUCGCCAGAUGGCAUUCCGGAGAAUCCUCCCAUCCAGACCGAGAGAUUCUCGCGGCGGAGUACCCGGAUUCGGAGGCUGGAAAGCGGAAGCUUCAGCUGGACCUCUUCAGCCCCGACGUGAAGGACGAUCCCUUCGUCCAGGCAGCCGAUCUGAAGCUGCGGCUCAUCAAGUACACCGCACCUCCCAGACAGAAGAACCUCUGA